AUGAGCUCAUCCAAUACACAGCAUCGACGAACUAAUUCUCUCGAUCCGUUUUCUGAUCCUGACGUUUAUUAUGGAGACGAGGACUCAGUUGCGCGGAUUCGAGACCGCAGGCGUGCGUUUUCUUCGACUUUGAAAGCAUUCAACCGCGAGGAUAUUCAGGAUCUUCUGGGCAAAAUCCCUGCCAGGAGAGGCAGCCAUGAUGAACUCUCCGCACACCCACGAAAGUUCCUUAUCGACGUUGACGCAACCCUGCAGAGCUUGUUGGAAAGGGAGGAUACGGACAGGAACAUGCAGAUAACGAUUGAGGAUGUUGGACCGAAGGUGUUAUCAGUAGGAACCGCUGCGUCAUCCGGGUACAACCGAUUCGAUGUGCGAGGAACGUACAUGCUCUCCAAUCUUCUCCAGGAGCUCACCAUCGCCAAAGACUAUGGGAGGAAGCACAUCAUUCUCGACGAAGCUCGUUUGAGCGAGAACCCUGUUGCGCGUCUAUCUCGCCUUAUCAAGAAUUCAUUUUGGGACGCUCUCACACGUCGCAUCGAUGCUUCCAAUAUUGAAGUCGCCGGCAGGGAUCCCAAAGACUGGACUGAUGACCCGCGGCCCCGGAUCUAUAUCCCCCACGGGAUCGCCAAGGAGCAUCCUGAGUUGCGACUUGAUGUGCAGAUGCUCGAUGCGAACAUCACAACGGACUAUGUGAGGGAUCUUAACUCUAAGCCCGGAUUGCUCGCGUUGGCAAUGCAGAAGAAAUACAAUGAAUCUACACAAAAGACCGAAUACGUUGGCGUGCCGUUCGUUGUCCCAGGAGGAAGAUUCAACGAGCUGUAUGGGUGGGACAGCUACAUGGAGUCUCUAGGCUUGUUGGUCAGCAACAGAGUGGACUUGGCCAAGGCCAUGGUCAUCAACUUUUGCUUCUGCAUCAAGCACUACGGCAAGAUAUUGAAUGCCAACCGCUCAUACUACCUCACCCGUUCACAGCCACCGUUCUUGACCGACAUGGCCCUGCGUGUCUAUGAGCGUAUCAAGAACGAGCCGGACGCAAUGGAUUUCCUUCGCAACGCAACACUCGCUGCGAUUAAAGAAUACUACAGCGUCUGGACGGCUGCACCGCGUUAUGACGAGCUGUCGGGUCUGUCCAGGUACCGUCCAGAAGGAAGAGGUGUUCCUCCCGAAACUGAACCGACUCAUUUCACGCAUAUCCUCACUCCGUAUGCUGAAAAGCACGGUAUGACGUUCAAGGAGUUUGUCCAGGCUUACAACGAGGGCAAAGUCCAGGAACCUGAGCUUGAUGAGUACUUCUUGCACGAUAGGGCAGUCCGUGAAUCAGGCCACGAUACCAGCUAUCGUCUCGAGAGAGUCUGCGCGAAUUUGGCCACGGUAGACUUGAACUCUCUUCUGUACAAGUACGAGGCUAGAAAUCCCCCCGAAUUCCGCACUGAGUCGACCAAGGAUAUCCAAAGUGAGUCAUCCUCCGUGUGGGAUCGUCGUGCAAGAAGACGCAAGGUGCGGAUGGAUACCUACCUCUGGGAUGAUGAGAAGGGCAUGUACUUCGACUAUGACACGGUUCUGCAGAAGCGGACGACUUAUGAGAGUGCGACAACAUUCUGGGCCAUGUGGGCCGGACUGGCGACACCGCACCAGGCGGCAGAAAUGGUGCGGAAGGCUUUGCCUAGAUUCGAGGUAUAUGGUGGUCUGGUUUCCGGAACCGAGGAGUCCCGCGGUGCUGUCGGCCUAGACAGACCUAACCGGCAAUGGGACUACCCGUACGGCUGGGCUCCGCAGCAGAUGUUGGCGUGGACGGGCCUGCUGAGAUACGGCUACCAGGAGGAAGCUGAGCGUAUGGCCUACAAGUGGUUGUACAUGAUCACCAAGGCCUUUGUCGACUUUAACGGUGUUGUCGUCGAGAAAUACGAUGUCACUCGGCCUAUCGAUCCACACCGGGUUGAUGCCGAAUAUGGCAACCAGGGUGUAGAUUUCAAGGGUGCGCCUCGAGAAGGGUUUGGCUGGGUGAAUGCCAGUUAUGUGUACGGCCUGGAGUUCCUAAACGCCCAUCAACGGCGGGCGCUGGGAGCUAUCACCCCUUGGGAGACGUAUAGCAAAGCCAUAGCCGUACAGGACGCUUAUUAG